AUGCAGCAGACGAGCCCCCGAUUGGGGGGCCCCCUAGGGGGCCCCCUUGGGGGCCCCCAAGGGGGCCCCCCAGGGGGCCCCUUAGGGGGCCCCCACGGGCUCCCAGGGCCCCUGCUAGUCCGCAGCCGCUGUCUCAGGGGCCCCCAGGGGCCCCUCGUUUUGCUGCUGUUUCUUUUAUACGCCAUAGCUGGGGCUGGGGCCAUCCGCAUGCACGGGGGCCCCUCGGGGGCCCCCUCGGGGGCCCCCUUGGGGGCCCCCUUGGGGGGCCCCCCUCUGGGGGCCAGUUCCCUAGGUCGUGAGGGGCAUCUGGGGCCCCCCGCAGCAUUCCUGUUGAGUGCAGCAGAGCUGCGGGGGGCCCCCAAGUGUUCAUCUGGGGCCAGGGGGGCCCCCAGAACCCACAUGGGGGGGCCCCCCUGCAUUCAGGGGGCCCCCCCAGGCCUGCGGGGGCCCCCCUGCAUGCAGGGGGCCCCCACAACCCACAUGGCUGUGCAGCUAAUUGCUGCCCGGGAGCUUGGGGGGCCCCCCCUGCUGCUGCCUGCCGUUUGCAGGGGGGGGGCUCUUGCUGCAGCAGCAGCAGCAGCAGAGGGGGGAGCCCAGCAGCAGCCCGCAGCAGCAGCAGCAGCAGCAGCAGCAGCAGUUCCUGCUGCUGCUGCUGCUGCUGCCUGCAGCAUAGACCCGCAGUGCAUGCAAGCAGCAGACUUGUACGCGGACUCCAUUUGGCUGGCAGAUCUGAUAGAGCAGCAGAAGAGGGCCCCCCUGGCCAGGGGGGCCCCCCCCCCUGCUGUGUGGCAGCUACUUAGCGGCAAAAGGCUGCUGAAAAGGCUGGUGGUGGAGGGCGAGGGCGAGGAAAACCCUUCUUUAAACAGCGAAGUUGUUUUGGAGUUUUGUUUAAUGACAAUUAAGGGUUUGAAGUUGCUGGACAACAAGUCUUUAAAUGCUGAGUUCAUCCAAGUGCCCCUUGCCAACACGGCUCCCGGCAUUCGGGAGGCCGUGUUGACUAUGCGUCACAACGAAAGAGCUCUCUUUCUUUUAUCUCCUUCUUUAUCUCUUCCAGAAGCAGCAAAUCUUUUGCUGCCUUUUAAUGCAACAGCAGCAGCAAGAGAAAUGGGGGGCCCCCAGGGGCCCCCCGAGGGCCCCCAGGGGCCCCCCGAGGGGCCCCCGUGGGCAGCAGCAGCUUCGAGGCCCCCCCCCCUGCCUCUGGACCAGCAGGACCGGAUCAAGCGGCUGCAGCAGCGGCUGCAGCAGAUGCAGCAGCAGCUGCAGCAGCAGCAGCAGCAGCUGCAGCAGCAGCAGCCACUGGGGGCGCAAGACGCCGUGGAGCUGACGGGCAGGGAAUGGCUCAUGCUGGAUAUGACACUGUGCAGCUUCCACGAGCGCGGGACUCGGUGGUGGGGCGUUGCGCCCGACGAAAUGGAGGAGCAGCUGCUGCAGCAGCAGCCGCAGCAGCAGCAGCAGCAGCAGCAGCAGCGGCAGCUGCCGCUGCAGCAGCAGUUUCCUGUUGAGGAAAUACCCGAUGGGCUAACAACAAGAGAUGUCGUUGAGGCGAAGACAGAUAUGCUGAAGCAGUCUAUACACGACGAAAUGGCCAGCAACCCUCAAAGCCCCCUGUGGGAGGACUUGCAGCCGCAGCUCACGAAGGCGCACAAGCAGCAGCAAGCAGACUAUUUCGAAGACUUGCACGGGCUGAACACCCCAGAAGACCCCAGCCUCUGCGGCUCCAGAGGGUACCUGGAGCACCGCCUGGGGGCCCCCCUCAACGCCGGCGGCUACGAGGGGGGCCCCCGCAUGCAGGGCAUUUCUUCUGUUUAUGGUUGGCAAGAAACAAAUGGGGCUUUUGAACUUGCUUUGCUGCUGAAAAGGGGAAUCCGGAGAGAGCACCUGGCUGUGGAGCUCAGGCCGCGGCACUUCCGGCUCAAAGUUCUCGGAAAAACGGCAAGUUCCUGCUGCUGCUGCACCUGCUGCUGCUGCGCCUGCUGCUGCUGCACUUGCUGCUGCUGCUGUGGGGUCUGUUGCCGUGGGGGCCCUGCUUUUGCGCGCGCUGCCCUGGAGCCUGCUUCUGCUGCUGUCCUGCUGCUGCUGUGCUGUUGUUAUCAAGCUGCUGCUGCUGUUGUGCUGCUGCUCUUGUGGUGCUGCUGCUGUUCUGCUCCUACAGCUGCUGUUCUGCUGCUGCUGUGCUGCUGCCAUUGUGCCGCUGCUGCUGUUGUGCUGCUGCUGCUGCUGCGCUGUUUGUGCUGCUGCAUGCUUAACCUUGCUACCGCUGCUGCUGUGGAGCCUGCUGCUGCUGCUUUUGCUGCUGUGGGGGGAGAAUGGGGGGCGCCUGAGGCAUUUGCUGCUGCUGCUGCCUUUGAAGUGCUGCUGCGAUCGCUGAAGCUCCUGCUGCUGCUGCUGCUGCUGCUGCAGCUCAUAUAUAUGUACACAUAUAAAUAA